AAAGCUUUGCAGAAUGUGGGGCAUAUGCUCGCAGUCAACAGUUCUCUCGAAAUGCAGUGCGACUAUACUGACUUCAGGCCCAGAGUCAAGAUUAUUUUAGGAGCAUUGUACUCGGAGGUGUCCAUCGCUGUGGCCAGACUGCUGAAUGUGUACAUGGUUCCUCUACUGAGCAGCACCUCAUCUUCACCAGAACUGAGUGAUAAGCUUCGUUACCCAGUUUUUCUACGCACUGUUCCCAGCGAUAAGCACCAGACCAAAGCAGUCGCCACACUGAUGAAUCACUAUGGCUGGGACUGGGUCGGGGUGGUGUAUGGGGAUGACGAAUAUGGAAGAGCAGCUUUCCAGAGCUUCCUCAUAGAUGCUGAGACAAAUAGUGUGUGCUUGGCCUAUCAGGAGGUGUUGCCUAAUUACCUUGAUAAUUCAUACAGCGUGCAACGUAUCCAGCAGGUCGCUGAGCAGAUCCGCUCCUCCAGUGCCCAGGUGGUACUGCUUAUCCUCAAGACACAGCUGGUCGAAGAUCUCUUUAAGGAGAUGAUCAGGACCAACACAUCAAGGACCUGGAUUGCCAGUGAUGGCUGGUCCAGGAGCUUGUCCCUUGCCAAAAUGGAUGGCAUAAACAAGGUUGGGGACAUCUUGGGCUUUAGCUUUGUUGCAGGCAAGGAUAUAUCAUUUGAUACUUAUCUCAAGAAUCUUACUGCAACCCCAGGAGGAUACAACAACUUCAUUGAAGAAUACAAGAACCUGAGAUUCAACUGCACCCCAGAAUGUUACUCCAGCAAGCCCCCUUCCUAUUGUCCCUCAACUGAACUCCUGAAAAUCAAAUCUCCCAACGCAUGCAAGUUCCAGGAUCCCCAAGAACAAAAUGAUGACUACCUUGUGAGCGCUCUGGAUACCAGUGAAGUCUUCUUAAGCAGAGUAGCCGUGUGGGCCGUAGCAAAUGCUCUCAAAAAGCUACUAAACUGCAGCAGUUCCACAUGCUUGGGAGAAAUUAACUUCCCACCAUAUAAGCUUCUUGAGGAACUGAGGAAGGUGAAGUUCGACCUUGACAACCAGACUUUUUACUUUGACGAAAAUGGUGAUUUUGUAAAUGGUUAUGAUCUAAUCAUAUGGAAAAAGGAUGAACUCUGCAGACGAUUUGAAAGGAUUGGGAAAUACGAUGUCCUGACGAAACAAAUAGAACUCUAUCAGGAAAAUUUCACCUGGCUUUCAACAGCCAAUACCACGGUAAGACAACACCAUACGCACAGCAUCCACUCACUUUAACAGUGUAGUCACUGUCCAUGUGUCCUGGGGCACUAUAGCACCAGAGUCAAGACAAAAGGUCAAGUGGUCACCGAAGACAUUAAGGGCCUGAAACAGACAGUAUUAUAAUUGGGCAUAUUUGUGUGGAGAUGGUCCAUGUAUGCCUGCAAGAAGAGACUGUCCAGAAGCUUACAAUGUUAUCCCCAUUUGUAUGAUUAAUUAUGCUAGGACUGCAAAGACUUGCACAUUAUUAACAAUAACAAUAAACAUAAUCAUAAUAAUAAACAUCUUCAUUUAUGGAGCACUUACAUUCCAAAGUGCUUUACAGAGACACAAGAUGAAAUGAAAUACCACAGUGAAUAAUAAAAUACAUGAAGGGCAAAAUAAGAAAUAAUAACAAGCAAAUAAAAAAACUGGCUCAGAUAAACUCAGGAUAUGCUUUACGAUGAUUUACGAUUUUAGAAAAGACACUGACUCAGACGGUCAAAUUUCCUCUCGCGGGUCAUUCCAGAGGACUCUGGACCCUGAUAGCAAAAGCUCUGUCCCAGUUCAUUUUUUAGCCUUGACUCAGGAAGAGACAGGAGACCCUUGGCUAAAGAUCUUAAAUGACUGGGAUGUAAAGAGACUAAAAAGGUGUGAUGUGAUUGUACCUCUUGGUUCUGGUCUGUAGUCAUUUCAACGUUUUUUUGAUAAGAGAAGAUGCUGUUGCAAUAAUCCAGGCAAGAGGAAAUCAAAGCAUGGACCACACAUGCAUCUGCAUCUCUAGAAUUUAAAAUAUAUCUUCUUCUAGCAAUAUUUCUGAAAUGAUAAAAACACGACUGGACCAGCUUAGUGAUACGUUCAAAACACGUCAGUCAAACAGGACACCAAGCAAAAGGCUUGAUUCUGCAUCAGCAUUCAUUAAGAGCUCAUUAGUGACUCUGAGAAGGGCUGUCUCAGUGAUACUGAUGAAAACCAGAUGAUGGGCGACUUUUCAUUUUCAUUUACUGAUUUGGCAGACACUUUUAUCCAAAGCCACUUACAUUUGAGGAGCAACAUACAAGCAUCAAUACAGUAAGAGAUCUACGACUGACAAUACAUAGCAGUAAGCAUAGCCUACGCAUAGGAGCCGUUAUACAUGUGAUUGAUUGACUAGUCACUCACACUAUGAGCCAACUCCGAAAUUGCCAGAGAAUUUCAGAGUUGGCUCAUAGCCAAGGCGCUUUACUAUGAGUGACUAGUCAAUCAAUCAUACACUCUGCAUCAGACAUAGGCUAAAUAAACAGUUGAAACGAGGACAAAAAUCAUGUGGGCCUGUAGAAAACGUGACAGAAGACAAAGUUGUUGCUGAAAAGUUAAGGGGAGGAAAAAAGGUCACUGGAGGCAGGUGCAGCAAAGUACCUCAAUAUUAGGCUUCUUUUCUUACUUAUAGCCUACUUGAAGACAGUACUGAGGACGCCAGCAGCAGGGGUGGGAAACAUGGGUGGAUAGAACAGUCCUGUUGGCCUCUAAGCACAACACACAGCUUCUUCUGAAUGUAGGUUUACCUGCUUCGACAACGAGCUGCUCCCGUGUUGCUGUCACAAUGAUUGUCUGCCAAGUAUUGGUUUGUGUUCUGUCUGGUUGUUAUUUACUUGACCAUGUUUAGUCUGCUUGUUCGCUGGAGGCAGGUGCAAGCAAAGUGCCUCAAUAUUAGGCUACAGACUUUUCUUUUGUGCUGCUGUUACUCAAAGCCUACUUGAAGACAGUAUUGGGGACGCCAGCAGCAGGAGUGGGUUUAAAACUGUAGCCUACAUUUACUCUUUACUCAGUAUUUUCUUUGGGCCAGUAAUGUACUUUUUAUUUCACUACAGUUUUCAUUCAUACCUUCAUAACUUCACCAGUCUGUAAUCUGCAUUUUGCUUCAUUAACUGAAAUUAGCUGUCAUCCAGGCUGUGCGCAGUUACGCGAUCAGCUCUGGUCUCUGGCACUUCUCACAGCACAGAGCUGGGCAGAUGCAAACAUUUAGAAAAUCAGGCAAAUACCUUUUCAGUUUAAGGCUUUAUUGUUCUACUAAUACAACUGAAAUCCAGCACACCAUGGUACUGGUGGCCUGCUGGAAAGCACCUUGCGUCACUCUUUAACACCGACAAGUGACUACUUUCACUUUCCAUUAAUGGCGUGUUAAAAGCGUUGGGCUUUACGCUUGACGCACAGCUUCCUCUGAAUGUAGGUUUACCUGCUUCAACAACGAGUUUCUCCCGUGUUGCUGUCACAUGAUUCUUUGCAUUGUUAAGAUUAUAUAGAUGCUUUGGGAAUAAUCAGAUUGUAUGGGCUGCCUGUGUUAUUUCAAAGUAAGUGGUUUGGUGGGCUACAUGUCCAUAAUAACAGAGACAAGCAAACAUAGUGGCUUGGCAGCAAACUGAUAUUUUAAAGUGAUUUUAUCAACACAUUCAUGGAGAUUUAAAAAGGAAAAUAAUUGUUUUAAACAGAAAAGGCUAAAUUACAGAUGAUCAACAAGCAAAGCAAACUGCAGUCCCUAUAAAU